GGGCGGCGGCGGGCGCGCGGCGCGGGCCGAGGAGGAGGGAGGGCGGGGGUAAGAUGGCGGCGCCCGUCCUGCUGCGAGUGUCGGUGCCGCGCUGGGAGCGGGUGGCCCGCUCGGCCGUGUGCGCCGCCGGCAUCCUGCUGUCCCUCUACGCCUGCCACCUGGAGCGGGAGAAGGGCCGCGACCUCCGCUACCAGGCCCUGUGCGACCUCAGCGAGAGGGUUCGCUGCUCCGCCGCCAUCACGUCCAGAUGGGGUCGAGGAUUUGGUCUGCUGGGUUCCAUCUUCGGAAAGGACAGUGCAAUAAAUCAGUCAAACAGUGUUUUUGGACUUGUGUUUUAUAUACUACAAAUGUUACUUGGUAUGACAGCAAGUGCAGUAGCAGCUCUAAUCCUCAUGACAUCCUCCAUAGUGUCUGUAGUAGGGUCAUUGUACUUGGCGUACAUUCUGUACUUCGUGCUGAAGGAAUUUUGCAUUGUCUGCGUCAUCACAUAUUUGCUGAACUUCAUUCUCUUUAUCAUCAACUACAAACGACUAGUUUAUUUGAACGAGGCCUGGAAACGGCAACUCCAACCCAAACAGGAAUAACGCCUGUUUGAACUUUUGACUGACAGUCUGAAGACCCAACUUCCAUUAAGUUUAUUUUGCAGUAAUUUUUUAUUCUCCAUAUCAGACACUUUCCUUGAGAAUCAUAACUGAAUUUUUAAUUAUAAAUUGGAAGGGGCCCUACAUAAUUUUUUGUGGUAAUCUUCAAUUUAAAUGUGGUUAUGAAAGAAAGCUCUAAUACAAUCAAAGACAAGCUUUAACUUUACUUUGAAGGAGUUCUAGCCACAGCAAAACCUAGACUCUCCUCCCCCUCCACUUGUAAAGUGGGUAACACUUGCUAUAAAAUAUCCUGUAUAUAAAUUCAGGUAUAACAAGAUGUGAUCAUGACAUUAAAUAUUCUAGAAUAGCAUUACAAUAUUUAAUGUUGCCAUGUUUACAGUAUGUGUAUUACAUUUUAUUUUUUUUUAGCUCAUGGACUUAGAUUUAACUAGGACUUAUACUGUAAAUAAAAUUAGAAAUAUUGGUUUCUUCCCUGGAAAACUCCCUGUACAAUCAGUUUUGUUAGCCUAGGAGCUUUCGGAGUGUUCAGCUAACAGUCGACUGACGUGAUGGAAGAAGUGACCUCUGUAGAGAACACCGUGUUGCUGCACUCGCUGCUAGCGCUUUCACGAAAAUGAUGGUUGGGUUUUGUUCCAUUUUUCUUGUUUCCAGUAUUGAGAAUGGAAUUAAAGCUGAAACCUGAAGUAUGUUCGUUUAAACCACAAUUUCAUUAAUUUCUGUACAGAAUGAAAACAGCUUAAUGUGGUCAAUAGAAGGUUACCACCGGAAUGCUAUUUACAGACUGGGGGUUGGGGUAUCAAAGAGCGCCCUUUGGAAGGACUUUAUUUCCAGGUAGUGCUGUUUCGUUUUAAACUGCAGUCAGACAGGCAGCGUUACUAAUGUUUGAUGUUACAUGAGUGCUGCAGUAUAGGAUUGCAAUUUGCAGUGGAAACCACUGACUGAGCGGGAUAACCAAGUAGUGCACUGAAUAAGCAGAUACUGAAUUGAUCUUCGUCAGGAUCUUUGGUUUGUGCUAUAUUGGGAAAUGAACUUUAGGCCUGACACACACAAGAUCCUUUGGAAGGGCAGUCUGUUUAGCGGGAUAACUAAGUAAAUGUGCUCCUGAAAAUGAAAUGUGAUAUAGUGCUAUCAUUGCUCUUUCUAAUAACUAAUUUUUAAAAAAAUUAAACUGCAGAUUUACGUAAAGGAACAAAAUUGUAAUGUUUCUGCACGCAGUAUUCUAAGGCUGAAUGUUAAAAGUGCCUUCUGUCUUAAAAUCUUAAACCAAAUACUUUGUGUUGAACUUGGCAGACAGAAGUGUCCUUGCUUUAAAAAUGAACAAACAAAAUUCCCAGAAAACUUGCUGGCCAUAGAAAAGUAUUAAGAAACCUAUGUUAGUUUUUAGACUGAGAAGUGGUAGCAAUAUUGUUUAACUCAAUGCGAUAGGAGGUUGACGUGAUUGGGAAAGUAAAAUGCUUGUGUUUCGGACUCUGUGACACCAAAAUAUUCAGCUACUUUCUGUAAUUGGUGCUGUGCUGCUUUUUGCCCUUGUCAGCUUCUAAAUACGAAGAGUUCCAACUGCAUACCGAUUUAUUUAAAGAAUUAGUUUAACUAAUCUUAGGAUUUUUUCUUGCACAUGAAUGUCAAAAAGACACUUCUGUUGUACGGCUAAGUGGAUUAAAAACACUAAGUUGCUGAGGAUGAACUUGACUGUGAAACAUGCAGCAUUCAGUAGAGAAAAUAGAAUUUUUAGGUUGCAUUCAGAAAAUAGUAUUUAAAUUACUCCUGAAGUGAUUUUCUGGUUUGUAUCAAGGAUGUAGGUGAAAACUGCUUUUAUGUAUAGAGUUCUGUGGUAUAAGUAACAUCUGUUGCAUGUAACACUAAAUUACACGUCCCUCUUGUCUAAGAGUUUUAGACAAUUCAUUAAAUGCAUUUUGUAUUGACCAGAGUAUAGUUAAAGCUUGUCUUGAUGUUUAGUUCUGUCUCUCAAAUGCCUUGAACUUUGACGUGAGGGGAGUGAAUGGUGUUAAACUGGUCCCUCAGGGCUUCAUUCUGUUCUCUUAUAAGCCUUGAGACGAUAUCACUGUUUAAUAUGUUGUAUAGAUUUAUUUUGAUGCAUUCCUGUGAUCUACACUAAAGCAUCUUUUCAUCUGAGGAAGAGGUAAAUGUGCUGCCUGAAAUGGUUAGUCGCAGCGCUAAUAUCUCAGAACAAGCAGCAAUGGAGACAAGUUUAAUCAAUGAUUACUUGGUCUGAUUUCUGGUUGUAAUGCGCACUGAAAAAAAAAAGGAAAAAACAUCAACUGAAAGUAUAGGUGUUGACUAACUUCACUGUGUCUUGUGUUUGUCUGUGUGGGCAUAGUCUGUUAAUUCAGUUUGUUUAGUAAAAUUGUUCAGGGCCAGAUUUUCAGCAGUCAUGUCUGCGGUCCUUGUUUGUGUGCACGUAGGGAUCAAAUGGAAAAUCGCUUUGGUCUCUGGAAGAAUUUGCAGCUGUACUCUGUGCACAGCCUUGCAAAUCUGACCCUUACUUGUGAACUCCUUUGUCUUGUGUGCUUUUCUUGCAGUUACUUUUUACUGGAAGUGAUUUGCUAGAAAUGGCCCUAACUCUUCUACUUUCUCUCUUGUGCUUCAGAAAUGCAGUUGGCCUGAAUAAAGGGCAAAGUUAAUAUUAGCAGUAGAAAUUUGGACCUUUUUGCUUCCAGAUCUUUGACUCUUUCUUCAUUGCUACCAAUGAUAGAAACAGCAUAUUUCUUCCAGUAAAAUGGCUUGGGUUGCAAUUAGUAACGGGAUAGAAAUCAGACAAGUGCUUCAUGCAACUGUCCCCUGCCUCCCCUCAGCCAAAACAACUGUCAUUGCCUAUGUGUGAUUGAUAUGAAUUUGCCGUUUACGAAACUGAAGGGAAAUUCUGAGAAGUCCUGAGGAUACAGUAGAAUGGGUAAAUGCUAGCAAAUAACACUUGGCCUGGCAGAGGGACGAGGAGGCGGCAGUAUUGUUACACAGAUUCUGGUUGUGGUUUCAACCCUCCUGAGAAUGGAGCGGGGAAAAAAAUCUUAAGAUACAGUGCUUGUGAUUUUGGGCUGUUCCCCACCACCACUCCCUGCCUGGCUCUCCGAAGCCGUGCAGGGAGGGGCCAUUUGAAAGGCAGAAGAAUCUCAUCCCAAAACCUGUUUAGGAAGUAAACAUUCCUGAAAUCCUCUUACUGUAAGGUACUUGUUACUCUUAAAGCCAAUGAAGCAUUCAAGUCUUGUUUAGAAAGUGAAUAUUCUUGGAAGCUUCUUACUGUAAAGUGUUUGCAACGCUAAGGACAGCCAAGGAAACAUUCCCUACCACCUUUGAUUUCGAAAGUGACAGCAAAUCUCUCUUAUCAGGAGAUUUCUGCAUACUGUAAAACACACUCGUUGUCUUCUGUACAGUCGCUUGAUCAAAAAUAUUGACGAGGUGCUUUGGGCAGCACUUGGGUCUCCUAAUUUUUAUUGGCUAAAGUUAAGGAGAGUUCUAGUAACUUUGGUUCUGCCAACGUUGUUUCAAGAUGAUCUAGAGAAAACUGGUCCAGAAAAGAUGAAGUAUUCUGUUACCAUACAACUGUAUUAAGCAUGGCCUAAAUAUUAGGUGUUUGUUCUGUACUGUAUGUUCCAUCAACUAUUAUCACUAGUGCUUUAAACUCCAAAUUAAACACCCAUUUAAACGGAGUCACUGGGCAGAUGUUCCUUUUAUCAAUAUAGGUUGAGAGAUUCUCUAUCGGAGGUUUAGGAUACGAUUUUGCUAACAGGUAAAACAAUGUAAAUAUGUACGAAUUCUAUUUGUUGCACAUAACUUUUUGGUAUAAAAAAUAAAUGUAGAAAUUACCUGUG